AUGAUUCGCUGGUUCUGCAUUCUCACGGGCAAGUACAGCCAAGGCAAGUUCCCCGAGGGCUCUCGCCUGAGCCUGGAAUCGCUCGCGUGGCUGAAGGAUCGCAAGCUUGCCGCCGAAAACAAGUGGCAGUUCGAGGCUGCCGACAAGUUGCUGCCGAUUGCAGAGGAGCUCGGCUGCUCGCUCGCCCAGCUGUCGAUUGCUUGGUGCGCAAAGAACCCGCACGUCAGCACCGUCAUUCUUGGCGCCACCUCGCUGAAGCAGCUGGAGGAGAACUUCAAGGCGCUCGAGGUUGUCCCCAAGAUCACGCCCGAGCUUAUCAAGCGCAUUGACGAGAUUAUCGGCAACAAGCCCAAGCUGACUGCUGUGGAAGCGCAGGUGCGUAACCUCCUCAACGUCGACGCUCUCGGCCCCAAGUAA